AUGCCCGCCCACUCACCGCCCUCCCCCUCCGCUAAACCCCCGAAACGCGCCCGGCAGUCUUCCUUCGACGAUGCGUCGCCGACGUCCGGAGGCCUCGACCAGAGCCCGUCGGCCGAUCUCAACGAUGUUAUCGGCGAUAAGAGCAGCAAGUCUGCUGCCCAGCAGAGUAGCACGUUCCGCAACGUGAGCGCAUGCAAUCGAUGUCGCUUGCGCAAGAACCGAUGCGAUCAGAAGCUCCCGAGUUGCGCCAGUUGCGCCAAAGCUGGCGUCGCCUGUGUUGGUUAUGACCCCAUUACCAAGAAGGAGAUCCCCAGGAGUUAUGUCUACUAUCUUGAGAUGCGCGUCGACCAGCUCGAAACGUUGCUGACGGCCAACAACGUUACGUUCCCUCCCGCCGAGGACCUGGAACGCUGCUCACGACCAGGCAACGAGCCCUCUAGAUCCAUCGCCGAUUCCAACUUUUCCGCCCGCUCCGAGAGCAUCGACAGCCAUAGCACGACGACGAAGACCCAGCAGCCCAUACGACCCGAUCUUGAGAAGACGAAGAAAGCGGAUGCGAACCAGGGUAUGCUCAACAUUGUCAGCCCCUCGAAACCCCGCUCUCUUGCCUCUGCGUCUGGCGUAUCGUUCAACCGUGUCGUUUUCGCCGCUGUACAGUACUCUGUGUCGGAUCACAAUGGCACCUCGGACCGGGCCGGAGGCAAGGGCGCGAUGGCCGGUGCCAGCGGCGGCACCACCAUGCGGGAUUCCUUCUUCGGCUUGCACACCAAGCCUACCAUUCGACCCGCGCCUUUCCCGGAGAAGCAAGUGGGUGCCAGACUGGUGACUCUGUAUUUCGAGCACGCCAACCCGCAGAUUCCCAUUUUGCAUCGCACCGAAUUCAUGGCAAUGUUUGAGCAAGCAUAUGCCACACCGGGUGGACCUCAAGGCUCGCGCGAGCUGUACAUGCUCAACAUGGUGUUUGCCAUUGGAUGCGGCGUCAUCGUUGGUGAGCCGGUCAAGUCCGAGGGGUCGGGUAGCGGCGGGCCGAGGAAUCCGAUCGACAUGAACAAGUUCGGGCAGGCUCAACCCGAGGAAUACCACGCGAGCGCCAUCGUUCAUCUUGAGGCUUGUCUCGGGUCUAGCGGAGGCGGAUUGGAGGUAUUGCAGGCUGUUUUGUUACUGGCGAACUUUGCCCUGCUUCGACCGGUGCCUCCAGGUCUCUGGUAUAUCAUUGGUGUUGCUGUGCGACUGGCCGUCGAUUUGGGUUUGCAUUACGAAGAUGGUAGUGAUGUCGAGACGGCGAUACCGGACCUCCCUCCUGCCGGCUCGGAACCCGAAAGCAAGGAGACACGCGAAACAAGAGAGAGCCAUGCGCGCGAGCGCGGGAGGCGGCUUUAUAUUCGAGACAUGAGGCGGCGGCUCUGGUGGUGCACGUAUUCCUUCGACCGUCUCGUCAGCACAUGCGUUGGCAGGCCGUUUGGCAUCAGCGACCAGGUCAUCACGACAGAGUUCCCCUCUCUCCUCGACGACCAGUAUGUCACGCCAGCCGGUUUCCUCGAACCCCCGCCACUCGAACAGCCCGAGCCGAGCUACAAGAACGUUGCCUAUCAUUAUUUCAAGCUGCGACUGCUCCAGUCGGAAAUUCUGCAAGUAUUGCAGUACAACCAAACACAAGUGGCGCGCGCAGUUGGACAAAACUUCACCAACUCCGAUAUGCACACCCAUCUACCCUCGCCCUUUUUGGUCAGGUUCGAUUCAUUCCGUUCCUGGAGAAUUGAUGUCGACCGGAGACUCUACCAGUGGAAGAACUCGGCGCCGACGAGGGAAGAGACGGGCGUGGCAUUCUCGACCGAAUUCCUUGAGCUCAAUUACUGGCAAGCCAUCAUCAUGCUCUACCGACAGAGCUUGAGCGUUCCGGCCAUGUUUGAAGGGGAGUACAAUACAUCGACCGAGGUCAACAGCCCGACAGCGUUUCAGGCGGAGCUGUGGGAGGACGAGGAUCGUAUCUAUCUCAAGGUCGCAGAGGCAGGACAGAAGAUCUUGCGCAUUUACAGGCAGCUCCACCUGAGUGGACUCGUCAGCUAUACUUACCUGUCCACCCACCAUUUGUUCAUGGCGGGAAUAUCGUACCUCUACGCUAUCUGGCACUCGCCCAUCGUGAGGAGCCGCUUGACGAUGGACGAAGUUGACUUCACUAUUUUGGCUGCCAAAUCCGUCUUCACAGAUCUCACCGACAAGUGCCCGCCAGCUGAGACGUGCCGCGACGCCUUCGACCGCACCGCCAAGGCAACAAUCAAGAUGGCCAACUCGACUGGUGGUUUUGGCGCUGUCGUUCAGCGUAAGACCAAGGAAGGCCGCAUGGAUUGGAACUCGGCCAGCGGCGACGGGUCAUCGACAGCAAGUGGCCCGCGGCGGCGACAGCCCUCGCGGCCCCAGCAAACCCACUUCCAAAUGGACCUGUCGUUGUCUGACGGUCUCUCGUCGCCGAGUUUGUCCGUCGGGGGCGAGCUCCCACCGACACAGUCGCCCGUGACAUCCCGCUCCAAGACGUUCGAGGCAGAUCCCUUCAGCCUCCUCGCCCGCCAGCAGCGCGCCCAGGCCAGUCCCUCCGACGUCUCGCACGAUCCGACCAUGGUCCCGUCCCCGACUCUUCUCCGCCGGGACACGAACAGCUCGUAUCACGCGCCGACGCCGUAUCAGUCGGUGCCCAGCGUGUCGAGCAACACGAAGAUGGAGUAUCCCGACUCGAACAUGGUGGACUUUUUCCAGAGCCUGCAGCAGAUGGAGGGAGGCCCCGGCAACGGCGGCGGCAACAACAGCGGCGGCGGCGGCGACAUGGCGUCGGGCGCGGCGGGCAACGGGGCCGACAUGGCCCAGCAGCAGCUCGAUCUUGGAUUCGGCAUCAACUGGGACAACCUGCAUCACGACUUUAGCGAGGGGCAGCAAAUGAACCUAUUUGAUGGGUUUUUCUUUGGGGGUCAGCAAAACGGGAGCGGCGCCAACGGGAACGGCAGUGGCAACGGCGCCAACGGUGCGUGA